AUGAAGAGGUCGGCUUCUCUGCCCAUGCUCUUUAGUGCAUGUUUUUCCUCUUUGGACAAUUCGGAUGCCCCUUGACUAAAUUUGUUGCUGCAGUGGAGAUGAGUGGUCUCAGGUUGCCUUUGUGACCUUCAAAGACUCCCAGGGUGCAGAGACUGCUCUGCUUCUUUCGGUAAAGUUAACUGUUUAAACAGAUACUAUUACCAUAAUCAUUAUCUUCUUGAUCUGUGUGUAAUGCCCAAUACUCUUCUGGGUAAUAGGGUGCGACGAUAGUUGACUUAUCUGUCGUCAUUGCCCCUGCGCCAGAUUAUCAGCUCCCACCAUCUGCACUGGCCCCUCCUCCGGUAAAGGCUUCCCCAUCAUCUCUGAUUCUCUGGUCUGCCGGCUCUGAUUCUCAAAUGUUCUGCAUGUCAGGCGACAGAUGCCAACCCCACUGGCGGUGCUGCCAAUGAGUCGGCCAUCCAGAAGGCAGAAGACGUGGUCAGUAGCAUGCUUGCCAAGGGGUUCGUGCUUGGAAAGGACGUGCUCGGCAAGGCGAAGGCCUUCGACGAGAAGCACCAGCUGACUUCCACUGCCACUGCGAAGGUGGCCUCACUGGACAAGAAGAUCGGCCUGAGUGAGAAGGUCUCUAUCGGCACCACUGCCGUCAAUGAGAAGGUGAAGGAGAUGGACCAGAAGUUCCAUGUUUCUGAGAAGACCAAGUCGGCCCUCGCUGUUGCCGAGCAGAAGGUCAGCACUGCCGGCUCGGCCAUCCUCAAAAACCGCUACAUCUUCCAGGGGGCGGCGUGGGUGACGGGGGCCUUCAACAGGGUAGCCAAGGCUGCUGGAGAAGUCGGCUCCAAGACAAAGGAGAAGGUGGAAGUUGACCGCGGCGUUGACCACAGCUUUGAGCGGGUCCAUCUCUCUGAGGCUCCAUCUGGGGAGAACUCCUCCAAGCCCCCACCUGCGCAGGGGCUUAUCCUCUGA